AUGAACCCCAACGCCCCGAGCUUUGGAUUCAACCCCGCUGCGUCUGGGUUUGUGCCGCGCACAUUCGCGCAGCCCCAACAGCAGCAGGGCAACGAUGCUUACUAUAACCAGGGCUUUGGUAACCAGGGCUUUACCGGUCAGGGCAACGUAGGCGAGGACUUUGCGCAGGACUACACGAGCCAGGGCUUUGGCGCCCAGGGCUUCAACGGCGGCUUGCAGGGCCAGGACUACACGAGCCAAGGCUUUGGCGGCGCUGGCCUUGCUGCCCCUGGCGCUGGCGCGCCGAAGCAGGCGUCGACGACUGGCACUGCGCCACUCCCUCCGAUGGCGGCUGCGAUGGCGGCCGACAAGCCGGCCGGCGCCAAGAAGGCCGUGAGCAUCUCGCUCGGCGGCGCGAAGAAGGAGCCCGCACCGCCCAAGGCCGAGCCCAAGGCCGAGAAGCCGGCAGAGAAGGCCGCCGAGAAGCCUGCUGAAAAGGCCGCCGACAAGGCCGCCGAGAAGCCUGCCGAGAAGUCUGCCGAGAAGCCCGCGACCAAGGGCCAGGCCGUUAAGCAGCAGGUCAAGGUCGAGAAAAAGGUCGCCGACAAGGCCGCGGUCGACGCCGACAAGGUCAUGGACGAUGCGCGCAAGGCGACCGACGAGGACACGCUCAAGGACCUCUUUGGCGAGACCGAGAUCAAGUCGCACAUGAACGUGGUCUUUGUCGGCCACGUCGAUGCCGGCAAGUCGACCAUGGGCGGCAACCUCCUCUAUCUCACCGGUAUGGUGGACAAGCGUACGCUUGAAAAGUACGAGCGCGAGGCAAAGGAGCUGGGCCGUGAGUCGUGGUACCUCUCCUGGGCGCUCGACUCGACGUCGCAGGAGCGUGCCAAGGGCAAGACCGUCGAGGUCGGCCGUGCGUACUUUGAGACGGAGAAGCGCCGCUACACCCUGCUCGACGCGCCGGGCCACAAGUCGUACGUGCCCAACAUGAUUGGCGGUGCGGCGCAGGCCGACAUUGCGAUUCUUGUUAUUUCUGCGCGUCGCGGCGAGUUCGAGACUGGUUUCGAGCGUGGUGGUCAGACGCGUGAGCACGCGAUGCUUGUCAAGACGGCCGGCGUGCAGCGUCUGGUGGUCGUUGUGAACAAGAUGGACGACCCGACGGUGAACUGGGACAAGGAGCGCUACGACGAGAUUAUCGGCAAGCUCUUGCCCUUCCUCAAGAGCGCCGGCUUCAACCCCAAGACGGACCUGACCUUUAUUCCCGUGUCGGCCUAUUCCGGUGCGAACCUCAAGGAGCACGUCUCGAAGGAGGUGUGCCCGUGGGACGACGGUCCCGCGCUCAUUCCGUUUUUGGACUCGAUGGACCUCGGCGACCGCAAGCUGAACGAGUCGCUGAAGCUGCCUGUCAGCGAGAAGUACGCGGACAUGGGCACCUACAUUGUCGGCAAGCUCGAGAGCGGCAAGGUGAAGAAGGGCGAUAAUUUGGUGCUCAUGCCGAACCGCACGCAGGUCGAGGUGGCCGGCAUCUUUAGUGAGGUCGACGAAGAGGUGCCUGCUGCGAUCUCGGGCGACAAUGUGCGCAUCAAGCUCAAGGGUGCAGACAUGGACGAGGUGCAGGCCGGCUUUGUGCUGACCGACGCCAAGGACCCGGUGCAUGUCGUGACGCGCUUCGAGGCGCAGCUCGCCAUCCUCGAGCACCGCAACAUUAUGUGCGCCGGCUACAGUGCCGUGAUGCACGCGCACGCCCUGUCCGAGGAGGUGAACCUCAUCGAGCUCCUGCACUACUACGACAAAAAGACGGGCAAAAAGUCCCGCCGGGGGCCGCAGUUUGCCAAGAAGGGCAUGAAGAUCAUUGCGCUCGUGCAGACGGCACAGCCCGUGUGCCUGGAGCGCUUCAAGGACUACCCCCAGCUCGGCCGCUUCACGUUGCGUGACGAGGGCAAAACGGUGGCGAUCGGCAAGGUGACCAAGCUCCUGGAGGACACGCCCGACCUCGAGAAGCUGAACCUGAAGGACUAG